GUGAAUGCGGUAAGAGUUCGUGUUCAGACUGGUUAAAGAUGGCCAAGCUGAUGUUUGCUCUGUUUCUAUUUGCUGGAGUCUUACUGACUUCAACUCAAGCUUCCUUUAGCGAACUUCCAGAAACUUAUAAGAAAGGAGUCGAGCUGGCAUUAAAAAACAUUCAUGACCACGAAAGUGUUCAGCAUCAUUUUCUCUUCUUAAAAUCGAUCCAGCAAUCACAAAUCGAGGCAGGGUUUGAUGUCACGUACGUCUACCAUAACUUUUACCUAAAAGCCACCAAAUGCACAAAAGGAACCAAGAAUGCGGACACGACCAUGUGUGCAUUCAGGAAUGAUCGUCCUCUUAUUGACUGUGCCGUCUGUUACAAAACCUACGCUGGAGAGAUCGAGCCUAAACCAGUACCCUAUGUCAGUUGUGUUCAUAAACCAGCGCUCACUGAUGUCAUGAAGACAGAACGAGUGGAGCACUGUAAUAAGAUGGGUUAUGGCAGCGGAUCUCCAAGUUUGCUGCUGUCUGGUAGACCUUCAGAGUAAACCUGGUGUUGACAUCAUGAUAUUCUGGCAUUCAGCUUUAUUCCUGUGAUAGUCUAUCCUGUGCUUAUGUAAUUCUUGAGAACGUAACCAAAGUGGGAAAUGACCGUAUACAGUGAAUCAUGUAGCUGUGGAUAUGUACAUAUGUUUGUUUUCAUUGGGUGAUUAAACUUUGCAAAAUACUAACUUAAAGAGACACUCCACUUUUUUUGAAAAUAUGCUCAUUUUCCAGCUCCUCAAGAGUUAAACAUUUGUUUUUACAGUUUUGAAAUCCAUUCAGCCAAUCUCCGGGUCUGGCGGUACCACUUUUAGCAUAGCUUAGCAUUGAAUCUGAUUAGCAUUGCGCUAAAAAAUGACUAAAGAGUUUUGAUAUUUUUCCUAUUUAAAACUUGACUCUUCUGUAGUUACAUUGUGUACUAAGACCGACGGAAAAUUAAAAGUUGUGAUUUCUAGGCAAAUAUGGUUAGGACUAUACUCAUUCUGGCGUAAUAAUCAAUGACUUUGCUGCCGUAACAUGGCUGCAGGAGGCGCAAUGAUAUUACGCAGUCCCCGAAAAUAGUCCCCUUGGUAAUUUUCAAUAGCAGGGGACUAUUUUCAGGCGCUGCGUAAUAUCAUUGUGCCUCGUGCAGCCAUUUUUUAGUGCAAUGCUAAUGGUCUAAUCAGAUUCUAUGGACUAUGCUAAGCUAUGCUAAAAGUGGUACUGCCAGACCCGGAGAUCGGCUGAAUGGAUUCCAAAUCUGUAAAAAUCAACUGUUUAACUCAUAAUUUUUUUUUUAAGUGGAGUGUCCCUUUAACAAACUUACUUUUCUUGAAAAUAAGCAAUAAUGGCCUAGUAAUGCUGUUUAUUUUGUUAUGCAAUAUUAAAGGGAGAGUCAUCAUUUACUCAUCCUCAUGUUGUUACAAACCUGUAUGAGUUUCUUUCUUCUGUUAAUCACAAAAGAAGAUAUUUUGAUAAAUGUUGGCAGAAAUAUUGACUUCUAUAGUAUUUGUUUCUCCUACUAUGGAAUUUAAUGAGUGCCGUGAACAGAAUUUUCAUUUUAGGUUGAACUUAAUUCUGUGACAAUUGUUUUUUUUUAAAACAUUAAACUGAUGAAAUUUUCUGAAUAUUAUUUCUAAUAAAUAAAACUUUGAGCUAUCACAAAA